AAAUAAAAAAAAAUUAGAAAAAACAAAAAUAACAAAAAUGACAAGUGGAAAAGGAGGAAAAGGAGGGAAAGGUGGAAAAGGAGGAAAAGGAGGAAAAGUUGGAUCUGGAAAAAGUAAGAAGAAUCCUCAAUCUCGUUCUUAUAAAGCAGGAUUAUAAUUCCCAGUUGGUAGAAUUCAUAGAUUCUUAAAGAAUAGAGUUAGUGCCAAAAAUAGGGUUGGUUCUACUUCUGCUGUAUAUACUGCUGCCAUACUUGAAUAUUUGACAGCUGAAGUAUUAGAAUUAGCUGGAAAUGCUUCAAAGGAUUUUAAAGUUAGAAGAAUCUCUCCUAGACACUUAUUAUUAGCUAUUAGAGGAGAUGAAGAAUUAGACAUUUUGAUUAAAGCUACUGUUGCAGGAGGUGGUGUUAUUCCUCAUAUUCAUAAAGCUUUAUUAGGAAAACAAUCUACUAAAUCAAAAACCAAACUAACUGAAUAAUAAAAUUGAUAUCAUUUUUUUUUCGCAUUUUUAUAUUGUAUGUUUUUUGUUUGAGUUUGUGAUAGAGUUUUUACUGUUUUUUAAAAUUUAUUUUAAAUAUUUUUUUUUAGUUUUUCAUUUUAUUUUAUUUUUCGCUUUUUCUAUUUUUUC